ACACGUCCUGCCACGUAACGGCGAGACCACUCAGAACUCCAUAGAGCAUUAGCGCUCGUGUCGUGUCAGAGAGCCAAACACAGAUGGCGUUCCACAGAACAAUGGCCCGGCGCCUUUGGGCAGGCAAGAACGCGGCCGCCAGCGGCGCAGCCAAUCCCAAGCCUCCGGCGGCCUGCCCCGCACCCCUUGCGCGGCGGCCGAUCCCAGCCGUGGACGACUGCCCGACGCUCGCAUUCCUGCGGCCCAGGCCGACGAAGGUCGUGUACUCCACCGCGACCGUCCCGCUCCCGGCGCACUGCUUCCCCGCCCUCCCCGUCGGCGACCAGCUCUUCCGGCGGCUCCGGCUCGACGGGCUUGCGCCGCCUGUCGCGAGCACGGUGACGCGGCCGCCCGAGGAGGCGGGCGUGACGGUGGAGCAGGCGAGGAAGGUGGCGAGGGCGGCGGAGAUGGAGGCGGCGAGGGCGAGGCUGAGGUCCCAUGCCCAGAGCGUGGUGUCCGGGUCGGAAUUCGCCGCGCUCUGCGUCGACAUUGCCGGCAGCGUCGAGGGCGGCCGCAGGCUCGCCCGGGCGCUCGACGACUCCGGCGUCGUCAUCGUCCUCGGAGACGCCGUCUUCCUCCGCCCCGACAUGGUGGCGAAGGCGAUCGGGAGCGUCAUCCUCCCCGCGGCGAAGCAGCAGGAGCUGGCGCCGCGCGCCGGCGGCGAGGAGAGCGAGGCGCGGCGGCGGGAGGAGCUGGACGCGAUGGAGUCCCGGAAGGCGGCGAUCGACGCGGCCGCGGCGGCGCAGGUCCGCCGCGAGCUGUGGUGCGGGCUGGGCCUGGUGGCGGCGCAGACGCUGGGGUUCAUGCGGCUCACCUUCUGGGAGCUGUCGUGGGACGUGAUGGAGCCGGUGUGCUUCUACGUCACGUCGCUCUACUUCAUGUCCGGCUACGCCUUCUUCAUGCGCACGGCCACGGAGCCCUCCUUCGAGGGCUUCUUCCGGAGCCGCUUCGCGUCCAGGCAGCGCCGCCUCAUGCGGGGGCGGGGCUUCGACGUCGCCCGCUACAACGCACUCAGGCAGGAGCUCGGGCUCGACGGGGGCCCCUAGCGGACGCUCGUGCGUCGCCAGGCCCUCCCAGCGAACAGUGCAUUUACUGUUUUUCUUCCCCAUUCA